ACCAUAUCCAAUAAACACAAAAGCCCAAACGAAAUUAGAUCGUGGUAAAGUUUUUACAAAGGUCACUGAAUUCCCCAUCUAUAACUAAUUAAAAUUAUCCAAAUACAAAUCUCUAUCUUUCUUUUAAUCGCGGGAAAUGGAAGAAGCAGCAGCAUCUCAGGUGGAUCAAUCUACGGAUACAGAAUCAGUAAUCAUACAGCCAGACCUGGAUCCACCAGCGAUGUGUCCCGAUGAACCCGACCGCCGUGAACCGAAAACCAAUUUGAACCAGGGCGAGAUCUUCAAGGCACUAGAAAUCAUCGAGAGAGACUCUCUGGCCAUCGCCGGUAGUUUCACUUCUCUUUUCGCUUCACUUCGUGUCGCUCUCUCCGAGGCUACUAGUACAUCAGUUGAUCAUAUUCAGUGUUUUGGUGAUGCUACUGCUCGUCUUCAAGAAUCUGUGCUUGAUGCAGCAACGAAGGGAAAUCGGUACAUAAAUUCGUGUAUGAGAUUGAACGAGGAAAUGAAGGGCAUGGACACUCUAGCGACUCAACUAAAAAACCUGAGGAGAAAUGUCGAUGUGCUGGACUCGGCUGUGAACAAACUCCUCCGCUUUCCAUGAGCCACUAGCAUGGAGUUACUCGCCUGAAUGGUGUUUAUCACUCCCGAGAACUUUUUAUAUACAACUUAAUCUGCUUCCCAAGCUGAUUUUACUUGGGGAAGGUUUGUAUUAUUUGGUGAGAGCGUAGCUCGUUUUAAAAUUCUACCAGAAGAUUGUUUUCUGUGAAUUCGACAUCUGGCUGCGCUGGGGAGCAAUACUGUGCAUGAGAUCAUUGGUGGGCUGUUGAUAUCUGAAAGCAUGAACAGUUGUUAAGGACGAUUAAUAACAUUAGUUCAAUUGCACACUAUUUUUCCCUGGAAGGUGAAUUGAUAUUC